CCGAGGAGUAGGGUUUAUCCGAGCGUUCUGACCUCAGAACGGUAGUCAAGCACCCAAGUUAACUGGUUAAAGUUAGCUUGCUAGCUACUUCCAGACAUAAAUGAGAGAACAACUCACUCUGACCAUUGUUCUUGCAAUAGCAGAGCUGUUUAGGCUGUGUUCUUGUUAUAUAGAGUGUUGGUGACUGUAAUUGUGCUGCUGGCAACAAUUUAAUAUUUUUUAAUAUUUUGCCGACGUUUACUGACACCGGUCAUAUUCAACGGGUGUUGCGCGUUCAUAAAUUCAGCAGUUAUUCGGCACCCUGUCACACUCAGACGAGAGCGCUCUCAAUUCGGAUUAGAUAUCCAGAGUGAAUUUACGAACGCACCCAAAAAGGAUCCGCGAUCUUGCGGCCAGCAUAACAUCCCGAUGCUAGGAGAACGGUAAUAGUCAUCGUGUAUGAUUCCCCAGUGACGCCCAUAAGACCUGAAAAUCAACCAUUAGCUACGUUAUUAACUAGUCACAGAGUGUGCUGAAACAUCUGUGUCUCUACCUGUCCAUCCAUCUGACAGUUUAGAGGAGCUAUCACAUGGAGCCAUCGGGACAGGAUGCCAACGACCACGGCCAAAACUCAGUUGGCGACAGUGAGCACCCAUGGGAGGUAACAGACAUGACCAGGCUCCGCCGCUUCAUCUGCUACGGCUCGGAAAUGGCCAUCUAUGACACCAAAGAGCACCGGCUGGGCAUGGAGAGUGCCCUGGCUCUGCUCUCCCUGCUACAGGAGGGCAGGGGUUGCGAGGUGGUGGAGGAGGUCAAGAGGCUGGCUCUGGAGGGCAGGCCAGUCAGGGCCAACCCUUCCCGGUUCGCCUUAGCUGUAUGCUCCCAACAUUUGGACCUGAAUACCAGACAGGGGGCGUUCCGAGCCCUGAGUGAGGUGUGCCGGGCCCCAGAGCACCUCUUCACCUUCAUCCAAUACAAGAAGGAGGCGAAAGAGAGGAUGCGGUGCGGGAUAUGGGGACGGGCCCUGAGGAAAGCGGUUUCGGAUUGGUACAAUAAACAGGACGCCAUGGGUCUGGCUCUGGCGGUGACCAAGUAUAAAACGAGAGAGGGCUGGUCGCAUCAGGAUCUGCUCAGACUCUCCCACGCCAAGCCUGCUAACGAAGCGAUCGUGUUGAUCAGUAAAUACGUUAUGAAAGGAUGGAAGGAGGUCCAGGGGGCAUACGCCGACAAGGAGAACUCGGAGGAGGUGAUCAAAGUCCUCUCAUACCUGGAAGCGGUUGAGAAGGUCAAACACAGUGCAGACGAGAUGGAGGUCAGCCAUCUAAUAGAGGAGCAUAGUCUGGAGCGGGAACAACUUCUGACAGACCACCUGAAGUCCAAAGUGGUAUGGAAAGCAUUGUUAAAGGAGAUGCCCAUGGAGUCAAUGCUAAGGACUCUGGGUAAGAUGACCGCAGACCAAGUCCUGGAACCAGGAAGCUCAGACGUGGCAGAGGUGUGCGAAAGGAUCCAGAGUGAGGCGGCUUUAAAGAAGGCAAAACUCCACCCUUUCAGCGUCUUGACAGCCUCGGAAAACUACAAAAGGGGCCAAGGCAACCGGGGGAAAGUGAAAUGGGAACCAGACGUUGACAUCAUAAAAGCACUGGACUCUGCUUUCUACAAAUGUUUCACAAACGUGGAGCCGGCGGGGAAGCGCUUUAUGGUGGCGGUGGACAUUAGCACAUCGCUGAGCAGCAUUGUUAAGGGGACCUCCGUCAGCACAGCUGUAGCGGCUGCAGCCAUGGCCAUGGUUUUUGCGCGGACGGAGGCAGAGACACAGGUUAUGGCCUACUCUGAAGGAGCUAUAGUUCCUUGCACCAUCACUGAAGGCAUGUCUCUUCGACAAGUAGCAACCGAGCUGGUCAAGAUCCCCAGUGGCUAUACAGACUGUGCUCUCCCCGUCCUGUGGGCCUCGGAGAAGACGAUCACCGUGGACAUGUUCAUCAUAUUCACCAACAGUGCCUGCUGGCACGGCGAGGCCAAUCCAGCGGAGUGUCUGAGGAUGUACCGACAUAAAAUGGGUAUCUUCUCCAAACUUAUGGUGUGUGGGUUGACCUCCAACGGCCUAUCCAUCGCUGACCCCGCCGAGGACAGGGGCAUGCUGGACCUCUGCGGCUUUGACCUGGGAGCCAUAGAGGUCAUCCGUAACCUAGCCCUGGACCUGAUCUGAGAACAGAUUCUGGACAGUGCAAAGACGAGAAAGAAAAAUAUGGAGAGAAUUGUUGGAAAUACCUUGAAAUGGAUGUGGCUUGAAACGACUCAGAGAGCGGAUUUAAAAAAAAAAAAGUUGAUAUUUACAAUAACGAUUUCUUCAAUUUAUCAUAAAUAUCAUAACCUCAAAAAAAUAAUAAGGUCUCCCUAUUGGUCAUGUUGAGAGGUUAGCAUAUCUUGGGGGUAUGAUGCAUAAUGUGCUUUCAUUUCUAAAUGGUAAAACAGAUGAAAAUACUCUCAAAUAAAAAGGGACAUCUGUACUUAUUGAGCUCCCGAAUGACACAGCGGUCUAAGCCACUGCCUCUCCAUGCUAGAGGUGUCACUACAGAUCCUGGUUAGAUUCCAGGCUGUAUCACAACCGGCCGUGAUUGGGAGUCCCAUAGGGCGGUGCACAACUGUCCCAGCGUCGUCUGGGUUAGAGUUUGGCCGGGGUAGGCCAUCGUUGCAAAUAAGAAUUUGUUCUUAAAACUGACUUACCUAGUUUAAAAAAAAUCAAAUAAAUACUCACACCUCAUAUCUAACAUUUUUAUUUUAUUUUAAAAUAAUUUUACCCCCUUUUCUCCCCAAUUUCGUGGUAUCCAAUUGUUAGUAAUUACUAUCUUGUCUCAUCGCUACAACUCCCGUACGGGCUCGGGAGAGACAAAGGUCGAAAGCCAUGCGUCCUCCGAAACACAACACAACCAAGCCGCACUGCUUCUUAACACAGCGCGCCUCCAACCUGGAAGCCAGCCGCACCAAUGUGUCGGAGGAAACACCGUGCACCUGGCCCCCUUGGUUAGCGCGCACUGCGCCCGGCCCGCCACAGGAGUCGCUGGUGCGCGAUGAGACAAGGAUAUCCCUACCGGCCAAACCCUCCCUAACCCGGACGACGCUAGGCCAAUUGUGCGUCGCCCCACGGAUCUCCCCGUCGCGGCCGGCUGCGACAGAGCCUGGGCGCGAACCCAGAGUCUCUGGUGGCACAGCUAGCGCUGCAAUGCAGUGCCCUAGACCACUCAUAUCUAACAUUUGAGCUCAAAUCCAAAAUGCUGGAGUAUUGAGCCAAAUUCAAAGUUUUAGCUUCACCGUCCAAAUAAAUACGUAGGGGGGUUUAUGUAUGAAGGAAUCCCUGUAUACAUCUACCACUGGAGGAUGGCUCAAAAUAAUGGCUGGAACACUAUUUCACUUCAGUCAUUACUACAAGCCUGUCCACCCCAUUUAAGGUGCCACCAAUCUCCUUUGAUAUGUUAUAGCAAGUUUGAUGUGAACAUGGAGCCCUUUUUAAUCUUGUCAAUUUUCAUCAUUUAGCAAACUCACUUAUCCUGUGUGACUUACAGGAGCAAAUCAACAGAUAUUUCACUUAGUCUGUUCAGGGAUUCGAACCAGUGACCUUUUGGUUACUAGCCCAAUGUGCUUAACCGCUAGGCAACCUGCCUCCCCUUGUCCCUUAUGUCUUCUUCAAUUGGUCUAAUCACUAUUUAGAAGACUAACCAACUUAUUUUGUUUGAUUGCAGUAUAUAUAUUUUUUAUUUUUUUAUUAGGUCAAACUCAUAAUAGAAUAGACUUGGUGCACUUAAACAUGUAACAUGCGAAUCCAUUUUGUUUAUUUUGCUUAGUCACAAGUCAAAACAAGGAAGUAUUUGAUGCCAAGAGAUGAGAGAGUGACUGUCAUCAUUGUCACUGGCAGUUUUUGGCAAACCUGCAAAAUUGGUUUAUUCCCUGGGUCGUGUUCAUUAGGGCAGACGUUCGAAAAGUUUUAAAAUCUUGUACAAUGGAAAAUUGAAAAUGAACGUUUCUUAUUGGACAUUUGCAGGAAGUCCUUCCCUGUUUCAAUUGGUUUUCUAUUUGGUGCCUAAUGAUCACGACCCUGGAAUCUAUUGAUUUUAUGCAUUACCAAUGGCUUUUUCUAUUGCUGUAUCAUGUUUUUGAAGGUCUAAACAAGGCCAUUUAAUAGUCUGAAGACUGAAGCUGCUAGACGCACAUUAAAAGUAUUCCAGUGUAGGAGGUUUAUGAUAAACAAGCACUAAUGUUAGAAUGUCAGUUACUAAUGUUCCAUAGAAACUCACUAGCUACUUUUCCAUUGUAAUAGAUCCCACUGAAUGUAUCUUUGUCAUACUUGUGUAACACUGUAGAUUUUUAAAAUGCAAUGCUUUAUAAUUCUUCCAAUAUUGAAUAAAUAAAAUGGGAUAAUACUAAAAUGCUUUACCUUUUAGCAGUCAAUUCAAUGGGAGAAUGAUGGCUGAAGCUAAAAUAGCGGAAGUGGAAAGUAUUAACUGUGGUUUAUUGAAUUGUUAUUUUCUGUCUUCUGUCAUUUCAGAUCAACUCUAAUUUAGACAAGACAACCUUAAUAAAGUGUUUCAUGGACAUUU